AUGGGCAUUCCAAAUAGAGUUACAAAUGCUAUAAAAAUUUACCAAUUUGGUGGCCAAAUCUUGAUUAAGAUCCCCGAAAUUUACCAAUUGCAGAAGAUCGCGAUUUUCGGCACCACACUUGCCUCCCUCAUCCAGCGCUUCUCCACUUCCCCCUCCACCAUCCACGGCCUCCUCUUCGGCCACGUCACCCACCUUCCCACCACACCCUCCGACGACUCUUCCUAUGUCGUCCCAACCCUCCUCGCCACCGUCACCGACUUCCUCUACUCCCCCUCCUUCCAUGAAUCCUUCGAUACUGUCAUCCCCUAUGCCCUCCACCCUCACUCCUCCAUCCUUGCGUGGUUAUCCGCUCGUCUUAGAUCUGCCCUCCGCCCCUCCAUGCGCGAGUUCUCCGUCACCUCCUCCCUUUUGUCUCUCUCUCAAUUCUCUGUCUCAAUCAAUAACUCAAACCCAAACCUAAAGUCAAAUUCCCCUGAACAACCUUCUCUCUUCCCUCCUUGUGUCUUCCUCCUCCUAGCUUCCCCUCUCUUCCACAACACGCCCUUCUCGCACGUGCACACGCACGAGUACCACGCCUUCCAGUUCUUUACCGAGGCCCGGUGGUUCGAGCCCCGUUCCCUCGACAUCGUCAACAUCGAUCCUGCCUUCCGCGGCCACUACGGUGCUUUCAGCCCGACCUCGAGCCUCUCACACUCGACUGAGAGGGGUGGAUGGAUUUGCAUAAGGUUUGGUGGCCAAAUCUUGAUUAUGAAGCAAUACCCAGGUCCUAAAGCCUUGACAGAGAUACAAGACUCAAGCCUCCACCGCCAUGGACGAUCCACCGUACAUUGUAGAAGAUCCCCGAAAUUUACCAAUUACAGAAGAAUGCAAUUUCCGGCGCCACACUUGCCUCCCUCAUCCAUCGCUUCUCCACUUCCCCCUCCACCAUCCACAGCCUCCUUUUCGGCCACGUCACCCACCUUCCCACCACACCCUCCGACGACUCUUCCUCUGUCGUCCCCACCCUCCUCGCCACCGUCACCGACUUCCUCUACUCCCCCUCUUUCCAUGAAUCCUUCGGCGCUGUCAUCCCCUAUGCCCUCCACCCUCGCUCCUCCGUCCUUGCGUGGUUCUCCGCUCAUCUCAGAUCUGCCCUCCGCCCCUCCAUGCGCGAGUAUGCGUGAGUUCUCCGUCACCUCCUCCCUCUCGUCUCUCUCUCAAUUCUCUACCUCAAUCGAUAACUCAAACCCAAACCUAAAGUCAAAUUCCCCUGAACAACCUUAUCUCUUCCCUCCCUGUGUCUUCCUCCUGCUAGCUUCCCCUUCCUUCGACAACGCGCCCUUCUCGCACGUGCACACGCACGAGUACCGCGCCUUCCAGUUCCGCACCGGGGCCCAGUGGUUCGAGCCCCGUUCCCUCGACGUCGUCAACAUCGGCCCUGCCUUCCGCGGCCACUAUGGUGCUUUCAGCCCGACCUCGAGCCUCUCACACUCGACUGAGAGGGGUGGAUGGAUUUGUAGAGGGGUUUUAUGCUUCGGUUUGAUAAAUAACCAAGAUAGUAGAGAGUAUAGGCUUUGGUUUCCAUUGAACCGAGACAUAUAA